AUCAGAAGUUACAAGAUCAUAAUAUUAAAUUAUUAAUUUUUAUUAUAUUUCAACAAAACAUCUGCUUUCUAUCAACAAGAAGAUUUUCAAAUGAAUAUCUUAACUAAAGCUUUUCGGGUCCAAUUACCAUCGAUGAAGCAAUUUUCGAGCUCGAUAGCAUCUGCUAAAAACCUAGCUGGUAAACGUGAAUUCACCAGAAAUAUUUGGUACAUGUGCCGGUCAGAAAACGUCAAUGGAACGCGUGCUGCCUUUUCCCAGGAAUUUUUGAGUCAUAACAUCAGAUGUUCCUGCGAAUGUACAGGAUUGAAACACAUCCAUACUAAGGGGGAGCGUGAGCUUGUAGAAUUCCUGACCGAAGAAAUUGUCGCAGAAAAAAAGGCUCAAAAGAAAAAAACUCUUCCGACCGAAGUUGAUGGAUUCAAAGUAAAAUUAAACGGAGCAGAUGUUGAACUAACCAAACACUCGGACAAGGAAAAAAUUGUUAUCUCUUUCAAUGUAAAUCAUACAGUUGAUGCUGAAGAUGAAGCUGAAGUUGAUCCGUCUGCAGAUAAACCGGAAUUUGCCGAAAUGAGAAGCAAACCCCAGUUUGAAGUUGACAUUGUCAAAGGUUCUCAGACACUCAGUUUUACAUGUUCCUUCCUUCAGGGUGAGGCACAAGAAGGCGAGUAUAAUGAUGUGUUUGGAAUAGAUGAGAUUACAGUUUACGAGGGCGAAUGGAACAAUACAAUGUAUGCAGUGGCUGGAGAUGUUCUGGAUGGAUAUCUAUACGACUUACUCAUGAACUUUCUAGAGGAAAAAGGCAUUAGCAACGAAUUUGCAGAGAAACUUUCUGACUUCAGUACUGCAUAUGAACAUUCUGCUUACAUAAGUUUACUGGAAGGCAUUUCUAUGUUUACCAUUGAAAAGAAAUAAUUGCUUAGUAUCUGCAGCAUUUGUUGAGCAUAAUCAAAACAUUACAUG